GUUGCUGGCCUGCCUGCCAGAGAGGGGAGUCGAGAGCUCUGCUGGGAACUACAUGGUGCUCAAUUUUUCAAGAUGUCGUCGCUGGAACAGAGGCUGUCGCGAAUCGAGGAGAAACUAAAGCAGGAAAAUGAAGAAGCUCGCCGGAGAAUCGACCUCAACAUCGACAUGAGUCCGCAGCGAUCACGUCCGAGGCCGAUCAUCGUGAUCCAGCUCAGUCCUGCUCCAGCCCCUUCCCAGCGUGCAGCGCUCCAGCUGCCCCUGGCCAACGAUGGAGGCAGCCGCUCAUCAUCUUCAGAGAGCUCGCCUCAGCACCACCCCUACCCCAGCCGCCCACGACACAUGCUCACCCUGCCCACGCCUCCGUACGGCCUGCAGAAGAGCCUAGAGAAUGCAGAGAUCGACCAGAAAUUGCAGGAGAUCAUGAAACAGACGGGUUAUCUAAAGAUCGACGGUCAGCGGUAUCCAGCGGAGGUAACAGACCUGAUCAGUGAGGGGGAGAUCGGCAGCGGGACUUGUGGACAGGUCUUCAAAGUGCGAUUCAAGAAGACAGGCCAUGUCAUUGCUGUGAAACAAAUGCGUCGUACGGGAAACAAAGACGAGAACAAAAGGAUCCUGAUGGACCUGGAUGUGGUGCUGAAGAGUCAUGACUGUCCUUACAUCAUCCAGUGCUACGGCGCCAUAGUGACCAACACGGAUGUAUUCAUUGCCAUGGAGCUGAUGGGAACAUGUGCUGAGAAGCUGAAGAAACGAAUUCAGGGCCCCAUCCCAGAGCGAAUCCUCGGAAAGAUGACAGUGGCAAUAGUGAAAGCUUUGUUGUACCUGAAAGAGAAACACGGUGUCAUCCACCGGGACGUCAAACCCUCCAACAUCCUCCUGGACGCUAAAGGUCAGAUCAAACUGUGCGACUUUGGCAUCAGCGGACGCCUCGUCGACUCCAAGGCCAAGACUCGCAGUGCCGGCUGUGCUGCCUACAUGGCGCCUGAAAGGAUAGACCCUCCAGAUCCCACCAAACCCGAUUAUGACAUCCGAGCAGACGUGUGGAGCCUCGGCAUCUCCCUGGUGGAGCUGGCUACAGGACAGUUUCCCUACAAAAACUGUAAGACAGACUUUGAGGUUCUGACCAAAGUGCUGCAGGAAGAUCCUCCUCUCCUGCCUCUCAGCAUGGGUUUCUCCCUCGACUUCCAGUCCUUCGUCAAAGACUGCCUCACAAAGGAUCACAGAAAAAGGCCAAAAUACCACCAACUGCUGGAGCACAGUUUCAUCCGGCGUUACGAGGUGCUGGAGGUGGAUGUGGCUGGUUGGUUUCAGACGGUGAUGGAUCGCACCGAGUCGCCUCGCAGCAGCCAGUGUUACAGCCAUCAGCACCAGCUCCACUCGCUCUUCAGUAGGUAGCCUAGCCUUUUCCAGCCCGGCGUUAGCUUAGCCGUACGCUAGACUAGCCUAGCUUUAGCUUUGCCAAGCCCAGACUCAGUCUGUUCUAGUCUAGCCGUUAGCAGCUACGUCUAGCGCUACACCCAUCCUGCCUGUCCAUCUGUCCACCGGAGAACCUGAAGAGCCCACGGAGGAGGGAGCGACGGAGAUUUAAUGGAGGACUCUGCAUGGACAGAUGGAGCGAUGGACUGAGGUGGACCGGUAGGUCGAUGACGGGUGGGUGCUGUUUAUUAGCGUAUUGAAUUUGGACAGACAGACGUGGGGAGGAGGGGAAAGGUGCACACUGUAGUUAGCGUCAUUCGUUACGUUUUGUCACACUAUCAUAUCGCAUCACAUCACGGUGUGUGUAACAGCCACACACCUACAUACAAACUGUGUGUGUGUCUUGUAUGUGCUUUCACAUUUCCUCCACUUUUCAGUAGUUUUUCCAUCUAUAUGUCUGUUUCCAGCUUUGAUCCAAGACAUUGGAUUAGACAACAGAGUAGUCACUACACACUGGAACAAAGCAUCUGCUACUUUAGCCAACACAAGUUGUUCUUGUACAUAAACGAUAUGGAGGACAAAAACAAUGUUUGGUGCAAUUAUGAUUCUUCAGGUGUUUCUACUAUCACACAUUCUCAGGCUGUAUCUGUAUGUAGAUGUGUGUGUGUGUGUGUGUGUGUAUGAGUGAGCAUUUCCAUGUGUGUACGUAUGGAUAAAUAUCAAGCAGGGCUCCAGACUAACUCUUUCACUGGUGCGACCAACUUUCUUACUUGCUAGCACCUCCUACCUUGUCACAGGCAAAACAUAUGACUUGCUGAACAUUUUCUUAUUGAUAGACACUACAAUUUACCGAUGUUCCCUGAACACCCCUCUUUGCAGGCUGCAGUAGCUGCUGCUUGGUGGCUGCGGUGCGCUCAGACAGAAUUGUGACCGAAAAGUACUUUGAAAAGAGUUAAACUGGGGCGUUCUAAUGUCCGAUUUGUCCAAGAUGAAACCAAGUGAUUUUUCUCUAAAAUGCGGAGCACCUACAUGCAAAUGUAGGGGCGCUCCACAUUUCAUGAGAAGACUGUAUUUUAAAAUGUAAAAGUAGUAAUGCUUUCCACUGCUGUAGUUAACACAGUAGCUGCCUGCAGUACAGCUGAAUGAUCAUCAUGCACUCGCACGAAUGCAACCACUUGAAAUUUCAACCCGCUCGCUCUCAAACAAAUAGUCUGGAGCCCUGUCAAGACACACUCACUGGCUGUUGUUAUUAAGUGAGGUUGUAUUUCCUCGUCUUUUAUUCACCUUCACACUACAGCUCUAACACACAAACGAGAACAAAUUCAUCUUGUUGGCUGUGUUUUUUUAAAAUGUAAGGAUAGUAAUUCUUAUUAAUUUAGCUAUGAAAUAUGUUAAAAGGCCAUCGUUUUAAUUUAGCAGCUGCAUAAUUGGGAAAAAAUAACGAAAAAGAACUACAAAAAAAUUAGUGUUGCGUUGUAGCUUUGAAGAAAACGAAUCGCGAGUGGGUUUUUUAAUAUGAGAGAAGGGCGUUUUAAGAGAAGGAGGAGGAGAAGAGAUGAGGCGCCGACGGGCUUCAUGAACUCUGACGGGAAAAGCAGAAGAGGGGAGUUGUACGCUCACUGAUAACCGUUUGGAAGACUUCAUAACCGUUACUAGUGUGAGAACUGAGAGAAAGGUCGGAGGGGGAAAAAAAAUGGGAGCAGAGUGCUUUUUCAUCGAGACGGCAAAGAACAGGAGCUUAUCUUGUACAAAGAAUCUAAAAAAGGGGCUAGAUGUUAUGACCUGUGGAGCAUUUCUUUACUUCACUCUCUGUUCGUCUACCUCGUCCUCUUCGUCCACCUCUCCGUCUGCCUCGGCUGUUUCCCGUGAUGUAGCGCUCCACAGUGUUUCCAGACCAAAGGCUGCGUGUAGGCUGUUGUCGGUGGAGCCCAAGAGAUUCCUUCAGAUAUUGAAAAUCGACACAGGCGAGUGUGGAUGAAGCAGUUUUUUGUGUUUUUAGAGGCUCGAGGAGGGGUGUCAGACUAUCAGCCUGGGGGGACCUGCGAGAUCCUGCCGCUGCUCACGUGUUCAGAUUAAAUCAGGCCCACAAAUCAGUUUUUUUUACCCUACACAUGUUUUUUCUCUUGGAUUUCAAACUGUAAAGUAGUUACCUAUUUACCUUUUUUCUUAAUCAGUGUUUAAAUGGUCAGAAAAUCAUAAUGAAGAGUCCAGUUUCCAGAGUUUUGGGCUUUUUUUGUUUGUUUGUCCUACCUGUUUUUCAUUUUAAUAUCAUUUGAGACUAAAAACAAGUGUAUUUUUGCUUUAGAGAUGAUGAAAAAGUACAUCUAUCGUCCACCUGUUUUGCAGAAUACCUUUCAGCAAAGCAACUAAUCCAUUAAUCAAGUAAAAUAAUUGUUGAAAUAUUGCUGCAGAAAACUCUUUUUUCUUUAUUCCCAGGAGCAAACGCUGUAGCUAGCAGCCCCCCAGGCUAUUCAGUUUAAAGACCCCCAAGCUUGAGGAUUGUUCAGAUGAGUGUGUCAGGCUGGAGGAAUCAGGCGCACCUGAGCCGGUCAGCGUGUGUGAAGCUGCCAUGUAUAGAUGUGUAGAUGUACUCUGAGACAGACCGACUAGAGUCGUACUGCCUCCCCUCUCGGAGGGUCACAGCCAAAGCGUGCUAGAUGUGCAGACUGUAACCUGCCACGCUCCGUCACACACCAAACCAAAUCACCGCUAGACACAGAGGACUGAGGAGCAGCAACGACGGGGAGAGAGGAAACCGUUAAGUGUCAGAGAAAGGGAGAGAGAGAGAGAGAGAUCUGGGGAUGUUGUCGAGAUGGCAGAGUGGAAACGACAGGAAAAGGAGAGGAGAGCACGGAGUGAGGAGCGAAGGAAGACGGCGAGGAUAAAGAAAGUGGGAUGACGAGUUAAAGAAAAGUCAGAGACAAGCUGGUUGACAGGAAGUGCGAGCGAGGAGAGGGAACAGGGAAGAUCAGGACGGUGGAGCUCUGAGGCUAGCUGGAUGUUGUAAAAAGCUUUCAUGGUGAUACACCAACGUACCAAUUCUGAUUUCUAGCUGGUGAGUUAGUGUGUCGUGUUUAUGAUGUGUACUGUUCUGUUCAAACUAUGUUAUUUAUUUACAUUGCUACUGCUGCUACUUUUUUUUAUUGCUUUAGACGCUGCUGUCACUUUUUUUUUUUUUUUCUCCCCAAAGGACAAAUACUUUAUUCUUGUUCUUUUAAGCCAAAUAAGUGAAAUAAUGCAAUGUC